AUGUUUCGAAGCUACUACCUCUUUUGUGCUCUUUUUGUGUGGAUUUCACUCGCCGUCGGGGAUUCGAAAAAGCAAAUAGUUUUCAACAGCAUAGAAUGUUCAUUAAGAAACAAUGUCUUUUCAAAAAGCGAAUGUCAGCUUUAUUCGCGACUGGCACUAAACGUAUUUGUGACCAUUGGUGACCAGAAGGCAGCUGACAAAAUGGUAGCAGUUUGUGAGGUGGAUCUUUUCAACAAUGGUCAUAAAAAGGUUACGCGUAUAAAGAAUCUUAGAUUGGAGUUUUGUCAACUGAAAAAGCAUACCGAAACACGAUCCUUGCAGGGAAUAUACUACCUUGCACUACGGCGGGCAGCAGUUAAUUUUCCCGAGAAAUGUCCCUUCCAAAAGAACACCACAUACUCAGUGAAUCGAUUGCAUAUCGACUGGAAAGAAGCACCUCAAUACCUUCCCGAGGCUAACUACACUUUUAGAGGAAAGAUUUAUGCCAACAACCAGCUAGGACUCGAGGUCAAGCUCUCAGGUGGCUUUUAUGAAAUUGCCAAUUAUUCCGAGUAUAAAAAACCGUUACUAUAA